AUGGCGUCGCUGAUCAAAUGGGUGGUCACGCACAUUGCUCCCAUAUUCAUUAUUACGUCGCCGGUCACAUCAUAUGCGGAUCARAUAUGGUCUAUGCACAAGAAGCGGUCGUCAGAGGGGUUCUCGCUUGAUCUUCCCCUGAUAAUGCUGGUGGCCUCAAUCCUUAAAAUAUUCUACUGGUUUGGGUCGCGGUACGACUUUCCCCUCCUUGUCCAGGCGAGUAUCAUGGUUGGCGUGCAGCUCAUGCUGCUCCACAUUGGCUUGCUCCACCGGCCACCUUUUGGAGCGCAGCACAGCCUUAACAACCCUUUCGCGGGAGGAAGCGAUCUUCUCUCCGCACGACCUUUCAACUUCUGGCAAUGGCGAAGUCGAGAACCUUAUUGGAAAUUUCUGGCCUAUUUUGCUGCAACUCUUGCCGUGUUGCAAUUGCUGAUUGGCUCUAAUGAUGUCUACAUUGCAACCCAAGGCUAUGUUGCUCUUAGCGUCGAGGCUAUACUACCUAUUCCCCAGAUCUUGAAAAAUCAACAAAGCAAGAGUUGCCGAGGAUUCCGCCUAAGUGUACUGGCCAACUGGUUGAUAGGCGAUGCCUUCAAGAUGGUAUAUUUCUUCCUCUCCGAUGGAGAUGUGCCGUGGGCGUUCAAGCUCUGCGGUCUCUUCCAGGCAGGCUGCGAUUGCUACCUGGGUGUACAAUACUGGAUGUUCGGCGAGGGAGAGCAAGUUCUUGACGUGGACCUGAAGGAUACCAGAKUUGCAUGA